AUGGCUGACCUGGGGGAGACCAACACGCCCACUCCCAAUCCUACUGCUCCUCAGGAGGUGGUUCAGCAACAAGGUCAACUCCAGCAACCACCGUUGGCCUCAAAUCAGCCUGCGCCAAGUGUCAACGCUGCCGGUGAAAACCUGCAGUGCCAGUGGCAAGGAUGCGGCGAGCGCUGCCCUUCAGCUGAAUUGCUCUACGAGCACGUCUGCGAACGCCAUGUUGGUCGCAAGUCGACCAACAAUCUCAACUUGACCUGCGCCUGGGGUCAGUGCCGUACCACCACGGUCAAACGCGACCACAUCACCUCCCACAUUCGCGUCCAUGUGCCCUUGAAACCUCACAAGUGCGAGUUCUGCGGCAAGGCCUUCAAACGUCCCCAGGAUCUCAAGAAACAUGUCAAGACCCAUGCCGAUGACAGUGUCAUCAUGCGCUCUCCCAACAUGGAGCCCGGCGGUGGGCAGCGUCAAAACCAAAAUGGCCUGGGACAAGGUGGGCAUUACGGCGCCUCAUACUAUGGUCGCGGUCUGACGGGACAAGUGCCUCCAAACUACUAUGCCCCUGCCAUGCCGGGCCCGCAAGACUACACUGGCCAGCAUCACCCCAAUCAGUAUUACCAGCCUCACCCUCAAGCCGGACAACACCCAGGCUAUGGCCCAGUGACAUACUAUAGCACUGCCCCUGCAACCACCUACGACUACGAAGCCCGCAAGCGCGGCUAUGAUGCUCUUGAUCACUUCUUUGGCCAGGUUAAGCGCAGAGAGGUCGACCCGAUCAAUUUCCACAAUGUCAGCCGCCGUCUAUUUGAGCUCCAAGGUCUUCAGCUGCCACAAAUUAUCCCCGCCGCGAUCCCGACUCCCGCUUAUCAACCGGUGUCCGUUGGUGGUGGCUAUGGACAAGAGGAUCCUAUCCAGGCCUACAGCUUGCCGCCAAUGGGCAACGCGAAGACGAGGGAGGACUUGACUUCUAUCGACCAAAUCCUCGAGCAGAUGCAAGCCACCAUCUACGAAAACGAUGCUCAUCUCACAGCAGGUGUCGCUCCAGCCGGUUCCGGGUAUGUGACGUACGCCCGCUCGAGCAACAGCCCUCCGACCUCGUCCCAUCUCCCAUCAGCUGCUGCUCCUGCUAGCGCCACCUCGUUGCUCCAGCACGGUCACCAAGAUAGCAUUGCGAGCGCCACGGAUGCCAGCACACCAGGUCUUACUCCUCCGUCGUCAGCACAGAGCUACACGUCCGGCCAGAGCCCCCUACCAGGCCACGCCGCACCAACCAGCAGUGCCAUGUACCCGACCCUGCCCGCUAGCGCGAGUGAUAUGGCGUACGCGGCUGCCAAUGCCGCGACACUCAGUGGUCUCUACGAGAGUGAUGACCGUCGUCGCUGGGAUGGUGGCCGACUGCAACGUGCUGCGCCUGGUAUGGUCAAGGACGAAAUGGAUAUUGGAAGCGACGGCUCCGUCACUCCUCCAGCUUCUUCUGCCAACAAAGAUCCCUCCAACAGCAAGACAAAAGUCUCGCCACAGGAUAGUGUUAUUGAUCCUGCCCUCGCGAGUGUUGAAGGGUCCGAGACACCCAAGAGUGGCGAGUCCAAAGACAGUCCUGAUCAGACUGAGAUGUGGGUGCAAAACAUGCGUCUGAUUGAAUGGAUGCGCGAGUUCAUCAAGAAGAAGCUCCAGAGCGGCGACUAUGAAGACGGCCAAGGCGCGGACAAGGAUGUUGCGCGCAAGGACUUGACCGAGCAUCACGACGCCGACAUGACUGGCACAGAGGAACACAAAGAACAAUCCGAGGAAGAACAGCUUUACCCCGUGCUGCGGCACGUGGAAGAAGCGGCCUAA